AUGAAUGAACUAUUGAAUUUGUAUGGAGUGGACGUUAACAGGACUGAAGUCAUAACCGGAGAGGUGUUGAACCAAAUAUUAACAAAUGUUAUUAAUAAGUAUUUUCCAGUAGUCCCGUCAAUGGAUUAUAUGCAACAAAAUACUUCGUUCACAAGCCAAGUCACUCAACUGAUUCCUAAAACUGGUGCUAAGGAUGUACAGAAAGAAAAAAGCCAAGUCACUCAGCCCCUCUAUUCACUGCCUACUUUCGUUCCAAAAACUAAAGAAAAUACAAGACCACUCACAGAACUGCCUUUAAGAAUGACACAGAGCACACAUCCGGAGGAGAAAAAGCAACAAACAGAUUUGCCAUUAAAUAAUAGUUCAAGAACUAUAGUUGAAAUCAGCGAAGAGCCAUUUCUUCGGGUCGUGGAUAAUGACAUCAUCAAUGGGGCUCUUAUGAACUCAUUUUCAUAUUUUAAGAAGUGGACUGGAUUGAGUCGGGGGAAGUUGGUCUUCGACACGGCACAGGAGCACGACCCGGACAUCCACGAAGUCACCGCGUUCAAUGAAAGUGUUAUUGGGAAAGAGAACUUAGUGUUUCUCAUGUUAACUUCAUCGAAAGAAGUAUUUGGAUGUUAUGUAUCGGACUCGAUCAAUCAAGUUGGGAAGAACGUGUUGGAGUCGAAGAACUUUCCAUUUGCACUGAAAGCGAGUAUGAUCACAGGUCCUAAAAAGUUUAUCACAAAGACACAAGAAAGCAUUUACUUUAUCCUUACUCAAGAGAGUGAAAUCAAUUAUACUCAAUGUAAUCGACUCUUUGUCUAUGGGACGGAUAGGGCAAAACUACAUGGGAAAAGGUCGUCAUCAUUACAUACCCUGAAAGAUGACUUCUUAGAUAUCCAAA